AUGCCAUUUCUUCCAUUAAUUCACAGAUUUUCUGUCAGAAAAAAUAAAAAGGAUGUUUUUGUUACAUUUUGUCUUCAAAUACAUUUACAUGAAGGGUUAGGUUUGGAAGUACAUGAUACUUGUGGUAGUAGUGAUCCUUAUAUUAAAUGCCAAUAUGGAGGAAAGACAAUUUACAAAAGUGAAAUAAUAUUUAGAGAAUUGAAUCCAAAAUGGAAUGAAAAAUUUUCUUUUCUUAUUCAAGACCUAACAGAAAUUAUUACUUUUAAGGUUUUCGAUUUUGAUCGUUUUAUGCGUGACGAUUUUAUGGGAACGGCUAAUGUCUCAUUAAAUACAUUAAAAUUAUCUGAGUAUUUAAAUAUAAAUUAUUUAAAAUAUUUUUAUAGGAAAACACAAUUUAAAUUAAAAUUGGAGGAUCCAAAAAUGCAAGAAAUAAAUAUUCGGCCUUUAGGGUAUUUAAUUGUUUCGAUGAUUUUAACUCCAAUAAAUGAAGAACAGAGGGAAUUGGUAAAACGUUUAUUUAUUGAACGUUCAAUAAGAGGAAUUGUUUCAGAACGUAAAGGGAAACAAGAAAUACAGAAAGACGAACAAACAAUUUUCGAAGCAGAAGGAUUAGCAGCUUUAGAUGUUAACGGCAAAAGUGAUCCUUUUUGUGUUUUAGAAUUGUGUAAUUUUCGUUUACAAACACAUACAGAAUAUAAAACACUUUGUCCAAAAUGGAAUUGUUUUUUUAAAUUUCCAAUAAAAGAUGUCCAUCAAAUAAUUGAAUUAACUGUAUAUGAUGAAGAUCCAAAUAAAAGAGUUGAAUUUCUUGGCAAAAUUGCUAUUCCUUUACUUAAUAUAUUUAAUGGAGAAAAGCGUUGGUAUAUGCUAAAAAAUAAAAAAUUGGAUGGGCCUGCUAAAGGACGAAUUUUAGUUGAAGGCACUUUAUAUUUUAAUUAUGUUUGUUUUUAA